UAGACGAUGCAAGCUGUGGCAUGAACUUCAUUGUGCAACAUUAACCGACUUGCCAUCUAAUGCAUAUCUGAGCCCUGCAACUUGAACACGUUCAGAGAAUGGCGUGUCUCAGUGUUACAGGAGCAAUGAGGACCACUCCCAGAGCGGCUCUGGAGACUCUUCUCUGCUUAGCACCUCUUAACCUUUACAUAGAGGAAGCGGCAAUGACGACGUCUCUAAGACUUCACUCUCUGGGAGUAUGGAACAAGCAAGGCCGCACAACGAAGCACACUCGGAUCUUAACGGAGGCGUUCAACAGAAUACCCUUGUUAAGGAUGGGUUGUGACCGAAUGGGCACAAAAUUAAUAUAUGAGAAGACAUAUAGCAUAUCAAUGAAUGAUAAUUCAGAAGGACGAGCCGACAUAGAUAUCUAUGUCGAUGGUGCCAAAACAGAUAGUGGUUCAGGAGCCGGCAUCUACUCCGAACAACUGAACGCACAAAUCAGUGUACCUCUCGGCACCCACACGUCUGUCUUACAAACAGAACUGAUGGGAAUAAUGCUGGGAGCUAGAAUCAUUGCUGAACGUGAAAUCGGCAACAAAUCAAUACGCAUACUUACUGACAGCAAGUCUGCACUACUAGCCUUGGACAGCUGUAUGGUUCGGUCCGGGCUGGUUUGGGAGUGCAGACAAACGCUAAAGUAUGUAACGCAGAGGAAUAGUGUGGAACUUUGUUGGAUCAAAAGACACAGUGGCAACGAAGGAAACGAGAGGGCAGAUGAGAUGGCGAAGCGAGCCGCGCGCAUGCCCUUCUGGGGACCCGAACCGGCAAUCACGCCUUCGGUCGCCCUCUCGAACGAACUCGUAAAGCAAUAUACCCAGAGAUGCCAUGAGCAGAUAUGGGUGAAGUUGAGCAGCUGUCGGCAUAGUAGAGCUUGUAUGGCGACACCAGACCGUAAGUUAACAAAAUUUUAUCUCUCACUUUCAAGGGACAAACUGCGUAAACUGGUAGGAUUCCUUACGGGACAUUACCAGUUUAACAAACAUCUACAUACGAUAGGGGUGGUAACAGACCCAAUCUGUCGUGGAUGCAAUGAAGAAGAGGAAACAGCUGAGCACAUUCUUCGUGAGUGUCCAGCCCUAGCCUCCUACAGGGAAUCCAUACUAGGGGACAUCUGGCCUAGUAUGGCAAAUAUCAGGGAGUUUCCACCCUCUGCAUUACUCAAGUACAUUCAAGCAGUUGGGUGGCUUGACGAGUAGAGGAGCGGGAAAACACCCUGAUAUGGACUUGGGGAAGGUACAAUGGGCCCAAAGGCGAGGCCUAAGUGCCGGCUGGCUACGGUCAGCCCCCAUAAAUUAAGAAUCCAGAAUCCAGAAUGCACAUCUGAGAAUUAAAGUUUAUGCAAGAAACGAAGCUGUGGAGGAUUAUAGUCCACCCAAGGAAAUUCAAACCUAUGUCAAAACUGAGAAAUCCAAGCCUCCGUAU